UCCUUGGACACCUUCAGGGCUGCGAUUCCGCCAUUCCAGACAGAGAGAAUCCUUAUUCUUUUCCACAAUUGCUCUUUUUGGGUCCCUCACCUCGUGGUGCAGAGGGCAAAGGAGAAGCUGUUCAGUACGUUGGAGGUGGUCCUCAUCGUCCUCUUCUGCCUGGUGGUGGUGGUGGCCUGUGUUCUCAUCGGGCUUUUAGCAACGAGGGAUCCCGUGCCUGAAAGCGCCCCAUUUUCCCCGACCUGUCCCGACGUGGAGAUAGCGGAGAGGAUCGACUGCAUCCCGGACCAAGUCGCCACCAAGAGCCUCUGCGAGCGCCGCGGCUGCUGCUGGAGCCCCCAGAGCGACACGGCCGUGCCGUGGUGCUUCUUCUCAUCCAACCAUGGCUACAAAGUGGACGGAGAGCUGCGAGACACGGCCGAGGGCUUCCAGGCCACGCUGAGGCGGCUCUCAUCCCCUUCGCUCUUCGGGGCUGAUGUCGACGCGGUGCUCCUCACGGCGCAGCACCAGACGCCGAAUCGCUUUCGGUUCAAGAUCACUGACCCUAAAACGCAAAGGUUUGAAGUCCCCCAUGAGCAUGUGGGACCCUUCGGCGGUCCGGCAGCCUCCAACAUCAGCUACCGGGUCGAUGUCCAACACAAUCCCUUCGGCCUCAAGGUGACCAGAGCAAGGAACGGCAAAGUUCUGUUUGACACCACCAUCGGGCCGCUGGUCUUCGCUGAUCAGUUUCUGCAGCUCUCCAUCAAAGUCCCCAGCAGCAACAUCUACGGGGUGGGCGAGCACGUGCACAAGCAGUACCGCCACGACCUCAACUGGAAAACCUGGCCCAUGCUCAGCAGGGACACGGCCCCGUCCGGAAAUAUUGAGAACUUGUACGGCGUCCAGACCUUCUUCUUGUGUUUGGAAGACGAUUCCGGAGCCUCUUUUGGUGUUUUCUUGAUGAACAGCAACGCUAUGGAGUUCUCCGUGCAGCCGGCGCCGGCCGUAACCUACAGGACAAUUGGGGGGAUUCUUGAUUUCUACAUCUUCUUGGGAGACACCCCCGAGCAAGUGGUGCAGGAAUACGUGCAGUUCGUUGGGCUGCCGAUGUUGCCCUCCUAUUGGACUCUGGGAUUCCAUCUCAGCCGCUACGACUACGGCUCUCUGGACGAGGUGAAGGCUGUUGUGGAGCGUAACAGAGCCAUCGGACUCCCUUACGAUGUCCAGCACACGGAUAUCGACUACAUGGAAGCCAAGAAAGACUUUACUUAUGACAAAGUGAACUUCAAAGACCUCCCGAGUUUCCAGAAUUACCUGCAUGGCUACGGGCAGAAGUACGUCAUCAUCCUGGAUGCUGCUAUCAGCAAAGAGCCUCUCACUGAUGGGUCCCCGUACCAGGCCUACGAGAGAGGGCAGAGCAGGAACGUCUGGGUUAAUGAGACCGACGGGACGACGCCGUUAGUUGGAGAGGUGUGGCCGGGAACGACGGUCUUCCCUGACUUCACCAACCCCGCCUGCACCAGCUGGUGGGUGGAGGAGUGCAAGAUCUUUUAUGACCAAGUGCCCUACGACGGGAUCUGGAUUGAUAUGAACGAAGUAGCCAGCUUUGUCCCAGGCUCAGCUCACGGCUGUGAGCAGAAUGACAUCAACUUCCCUCCCUUCACGCCCCACGUUGUGGAUAGGCUCUUGUUUUCCAAGACGCUCUGUAUGGACGCGGUGCAGAACUGGGGGCAACAUUAUGAUGUUCACAACCUUUACGGAUACUCCAUGAUCCUCUCAACACAACGAGCCAUCGAAAGUUUGUUUCCUGGAAAACGAAGCUUCCUUCUCUCCAGGUCAACUUUUGCAGGGUCGGGGAAGUACGCCGGGCACUGGCUGGGAGACAACACGGCGUCGUGGGACCACCUCAAAUGGGCGAUCCCCGGGAUGCUGGAAUUCGGCCUGUUUGGAAUCCCUUAUAUCGGAGCAGAUAUUUGUGGUUUCUUUGAAGACGUCACAGAGGAACUUUGCAGAAGGUGGAUGCAAGUGGGAGCCUUUUACCCGUUUUCCAGGAAUCACAACACCGAAAAGUGCAUCCCCCAGGAUCCAGCUGUCUUCGGAGCAGAUUCCGUUUUGGUUGAAACCUCAAAGCACUACUUGAACAUCCGCUAUACGCUGCUGCCCUACCUCUAUACGCUCUUCUACAAAGCGCACACCCAAGGGAGCACAGUGGUACGGCCGCUUCUCCACGAGUUUUAUUCCGAAGAGGCGACGUGGGGUGUGGAUAAGCAGUUCCUGUGGGGUCCUGGGCUCCUCAUCACGCCUGUGCUCGAUCCCGGGGUGAGCGUCAUCCAAGCGUAUAUUCCUGACGCCGUCUGGUACGACUACGACUCGGGCGCAAGACUCUGGUUGAGGAAACAGUGGACGGAUGUGUACCUUCCCGAGAACAAAAUGGGGCUUCACUUGAGAGGAGGUUACGUCUUCCCCUUCCAAAGGCCGUCCACCACAACGGAGGCGAGCCGCAAGAAUCCCAUGGGACUCAUCGUUGCCCUGGAUGACAACGGCGAAGCAGUAGGGGACUUAUUCUGGGAUGAUGGAGAAUCGACAGGGACCGUUGACAGCAAAUCCUACAUUUCUUACGACUUUAAGGUUUCCAAUAAUGUUCUAGAAAUGAAUGUCACGAACAACAACUACGCUGAUCCAAACCAACUGAAGUUUGAAGAAAUCAAAAUACUGGGAUUGCCGCAGGCGGUGGUGUCGCUUACGGUGCUGCACAACAAUGUUGUACAAAAUUCAUCCCCUAACAUCACGUAUAACGCUGCGGAUAAGGUGGCUCUCAUACAAGGACUCCAGCUGGAGCUUGGAAAGUCGUACUCCUUAAGAUGGACCUUAGGAAUCAGCGACAACGAAAAAUACGAUUGUUAUCCUCAUCAGGAUUCUUCCAAGGAGAAAUGCGAACAGCUCGGCUGUGCCUGGACCGAAGUUGACUCUGCAUCAAACAUUCCAUACUGCUAUUACGACAGCCCCAACAAUGCUUAUUCCGUUGCCGACAUCGAAUACACACCCUCCGGCGUGACGGCCAAUCUCACCUUCAGCAGCAGCAACCUCAAAGCCUACGAGAAAUCAACGUUGCCCAUCAGCACCCUUCGCCUGGAGGUGAAAUAUCACAGCGACCACAUGCUGCAGUUUAAGAUUUACGAUUACGCAAACGAACGCUACGAGGUGCCGGUGCCCCUGGACCUCCCCGCGACCCCGGAGAGCACAGCGGAGAAUCGACUUUAUGACGUAACGGUUCAGACCAAACCAUUUGGCAUCCAGGUUCGACGCAGGAGCACAGGGACGGCGAUUUGGGAUUCUCAGCUGCCGACUUUCACCUUCAGCGACAUGUUCAUUCAGAUCUCGACCCGGUUGGCGUCCCAAUACGUCUAUGGCCUUGGUGAGACCGAACACACCACGUUUCGACAUGACAUGAACUGGGUCUCCUGGGGAAUGUUCACCAGGGAUCAACCUCCUGGGAACCUCUUGAAUUUAUAUGGUUUCCAGCCGUUCUACAUGGGUCUUGAAGAAGACGGCAGCGCCCACGGAGUCCUCUUGCUGAACAGCAAUGCCAUGGACGUCACCCUCCAGCCCACGCCUGCCCUGACCUAUCGCACAGUCGGGGGCAUUCUGGACUUCUACGUGGUUUUGGGGCCCACACCAGAGCUGGUUGUUCAGGAAUACACGGCGCUGGUUGGGCGGCCGGUCAUGCCGCCCUACUGGGCGCUGGGCUUCCAGUUAUGCCGCUACGGAUAUCAAAAUGACACCGAAAUUGCUGACUUGGUGGAAGACAUGAAAAGAGCCGGGAUACCCUACGAUGUCCAAUAUGCAGACAUUGACUACAUGGAGCGGCAAAUGGACUUCACCCUCAGCCCACGGUUCUCUGGUUUGCCGGCUUUAAUUAAUAAGAUUCAAGAAGAAGGAAUGAGGUUCAUCCUCAUCCUGGAUCCGGCCAUUUCUGGCAAUGAAACGGAUUACCUGGCCUUCCAAAGGGGCGUGGAGAAGGACGUCUUCAUAAAAUGGCCCAAUACCGAUGAUAUCAUAUAUGCAAAGGUCUGGCCAGAUCUCCCCAACGUAGAAGUUAAUAACUCGCUGGAUUGGGAAACCCAAGUGGAGCUCUACCGAGCCUAUGCUGCCGUUCCCGACUUUUUCCGCACUUCCACAAUCGAAUGGUGGGCAACAGAAAUCGCAGAAGUCUACAACAACCCCCGCAAUGCGUCCCUAAGCUUGAAGUUUGACGGCCUCUGGAUCGACAUGAAUGAACCCUCAAGCUUCGUUAACGGCUCUGUUGGUGGCUGUAGAGACCAAGAGCUCAACUUUCCACCAUAUAUCCCGCGACUGGGAGUCCGAUCAGCGGGAUUGAGUUACAAAACGCUCUGCAUGGAAGGGCAGCAGUUUCUCCCCGAUGGCUCUCCCGUCAGCCACUACGACGUCCACAACCUUUACGGAUGGUCACAAACCAAACCAACCCUGGACAUCUUGCGGAACCUCACAAAGGAGCGAGGAAUCGUCGUCACCCGUUCAACGUACCCCAGCAGCGGGAAGUGGUCGGGACAUUGGCUGGGGGACAACACUGCAGCCUGGGAUCAGCUUUAUAAAUCCAUCAUCGGGAUGAUGGACUUCAGCCUCUUCGGAAUAUCUUACACCGGAGCAGAUAUCUGCGGCUUCUUUGGAGACUCGGACUAUGAGUUGUGCGCUCGAUGGAUGGAGCUGGGAGCCUUUUACCCGUACUCCAGGAACCACAAUGGCAACACGGGCAGGAGGCAAGAUCCUGCCGCCUGGAAUUCCACGUUUGAAGCGAUUUCUAGGAAUGUGCUAAAUAUCCGAUACAGCCUUUUGCCCUAUUUGUACACGUUGAUGUACGAAGCCAACACGCACGGCAGCACCGUCGUCCGCCCUCUGCUCCACGAGUUUGUGGAAGACAAAACGACGUGGGAUAUCUACAGGCAAUUUCUGUGGGGACCAGCGCUGCUCGUCAGCCCCGUCCUGGAACAGGGUGCUGUAACAGUGAGCGCUUACCUGCCAAACGCCCGCUGGUACGAUUACCACACCGAUGAGUACGUUGGCUUCAGGGGACAAUUCAGAACUUUAUCGUCUCCUUUGGAACACAUCAACCUCCACGUCCGUGGCGGUUACGUCCUCGCUCAGCAAAGUCCUGCCAACACGACAGUUUACAGCCGAAAGAACCCGUUGGCGCUUACGGUAGCUUUGAACGACAGCCAGCUUGCGGAAGGGCGGCUUUACUGGGAUGAUGGGGUGCGCAUUGAUGCCUACGAAGAUGGUGUCUAUCUGCUGACCUCGUUUGCCGCUCGUGGGAAUGUUCUCGAGAUAAAGGUUCUGCACCGUGGUUACGUUGAUCCAAAUAAUUUGAAGUUCACUCAAAUUAAAAUUUUGGGGGUGAUCUCGAACGUCCAGGAGGUGACGGUGUCACAGAGCGGGGGGACAGUCCCAUCUCCUCACAGUUUUUCCUACGACAGCAGAAAACAGGUCCUGACAAUCACCGGCCUUGAACUGGAAUUGGGCCAAGACUACACAGUGCAGUGGAGUUGAAAUGCCUGAAAAUCCCGCAGAGCCGAACCUUCUCAUCCUCUCCACUUGGUUUUCCCUUUCUCUUCUUUUGCCUCUUUGGCUUCUUCAGUCCCUUUGCUCUCCAACCACGUGCGGUCAGCGUGCGGUCAGUGAUCCUCUGCAGAAAGAAGCCGUGGGUUGGUGUCGAUCCUCUGUCCUCGGAAAGUGGGAUUUGUUGGUUUUAUAAAGGUUACGGAUCUCCAAUAUGAGGUGAAUGUGAAAUGAGGUGAUCUUGAGCUGCAGUCCCAGCUGACGUCUGCUCGUUGCGUCUUAUACGAACGCGAGCACGAGCUGUGGGCAACGGAUAAUAAAUGCGCCCACGUUUCGCUGCCAUCUGACCUUCGGAGACGUCUUUAAGGGCGACCGCGUGGAUUGAUUUAAAGUGCAGAGUCGCUUCUUUUUGAUUGAUAAAAUACAAAAGCACCUGCAAAAAUCCUUCGAAGGUUUCCAUACGACCUCAAACAGAUCCUCGAGUUCUCCACCGUUUUGAUCUGAAGUUGCGUAAAAUUAAAUCCCAUGUUGUGAUGUGAACAGAAAGAAAAUGGUCUUGGGUUUUUUUCAUUGUGGUUUUAUUUCAU